AGUUACUAAAACAAACCACUCGUAUCCUACAUCGGCUAGUCAAUUAGCCAGCCAAAUAAUUAACGUUGAAAUAUCAAUCACUGCUUUCAGUGCAACGAAAUCACAAAACCUGUUCAUCAGCACAUAGUUAAUGAAAUCUGUACAACCGAGUAGAUACUAGUUGGACAAAAAAAACAUGGCAGACGAUAGUAAGCGAGUAGAAGAUGAUGAAAGGGGUCCAGGAGCACAGCAUCAGAUGUUCGUGAUUAUGGAAGACUUGCUGGAUAAAUUAAAACUGCUGGAUUACGAAGAACAAGUUCUUGUAAAGCACAACAUGAAACCUUUGUCCAGGCAUUAUUUUGUGGCAAGUCCAUACACAGUGAGCAACCCCGGUGAGCAGUUCUACAUGUUCAGUGUGGUUGCAGCGUGGCUCAUCACUCUGUGCGGCCGGUCAUUUGAGACGCCACAGGAACAUGAAGACCCUAAUGCAACUGUCUCUAAUAUCCUCUCCCAACUGCGGGCACUGGGUGGAGUAGUUGAUUUCCCUCCCUCUAAGCUGAAAUCUGGUUCUGGGGAGCAUGUGUGUUAUGUCCUGGACCGCCUGGCAGAAGAAGCACUGAAGAGUAGAGCCUUUAUCUGGAGGAGGCCUGUCUACCCCUCUGAGGAGCUAGAGGAGGAGUCUGUGCUGGAGGAUGAUGCUGAGCUCACACUUAACAAAGUGGAGGAGAUGAUUGAAGAGGCCGAUGAGGAAGAGGAUAUUAUUGAUCUGGAGGAGCUCAAGUCCAGAACCAAUCAACGUGAGGUGGAUGGGGCAAGGCCAGAGAUGAUUCUAGAGUCAGUUACAGAUUAUGCUGUGUGGAAUCUGGAGGUGGAGAGAGUUCUGCCCCAGCUCAAAGUCACCAUCCGCUCAGACAUCAAGGAUUGGCGGAUCCAUGUGAGCCAAAUGCAUCAGCACCAGGAUGGCAUCAAAACAUCUCUAAAGGAGGCCAAGGGGUGUCUGGAUAAACUGGUGGAGGAGAUCAGCAAAACUCAGGAGAAAGUGAGCAGUCGAGAGAAGUACAUCAACACACAGCUGGAGCACCUCAUUACAGAUUACCGAAAUGCCCAGUCAAAACUCAGCGAGGCUAAGGAGUUGUAUCAGCACGGCAGUGGAGGAGUGACUGACAGAACCAGAACUCUGGCAGAAAUCAGUGAGGAGCUAGAAAAAGUCAAACAGGAAAUGGAGGAGAAAGGAAGCAGCAUGUCAGAUGGAGCUCCAGUUGUAAAGAUCCGUCAGAGUCUGACUAAGCUGAAGCAGGAGAUUCAGGAGAUGGAUGUGCGAAUGGGGGUGGUGGAACACACACUGCUGCAGGCUAAACUGAAAGAGAAGAACAACAUGACCAGAGAUAUGCAUGCCAUACACAUCACAGAAACCAGCACACAAAGCUAUUCAUAACCACACACUUACUAUUUUGAAUAAAUGUUUAAUAAAUGUUUAUUACUCAAAAUAUUAUGCUUGUUUAACUUUAUAAAUAUUUUUCUUGCAUUUAAAAUGUAUGAUGCUUUUAAAUGUUAAAAUAUAUUACUUCGCAUAAGCCAGACUCUUAUGUGAAGGCAGUGGUAGCUCAGUGGUUAUGGUACAGUUCAAGCCCCACCACAUGUCAAAUUUCCACUCUU